AUGGACGGCCACAGUCACCACCAAGAGAAUCAGCAGCAGCAGCAGCGCCGCCAGGACGGUGCAGUUUCACCCGAGUCGCAGUUGCCCGCUCUUUCUUUUGGCGGACUGUCGUAUGAGGAAUGCAGGAGCGUGUUCCUCUCACCCAACGCCCGCGGCUCAACCGACCCUCCUCUGUCCUCUCUCUGGAUCCCUCCCACCGCCUCUCACGCCGCCGUCCUCACUGCUGCUGCUGCCGCCAAUGCUCCCUUCUCCAUGUCGUCUUUCUCAGCUGCCACUUCUCCCCCCAAGGUUGCUGCUCUCCCAAGUUUCACUGCCGUUCCCAAUGCCGCCGCUCUCUCAGAUAACCCUGUGGUGACCAACACAGCAACAUUCGCCAGGGCAGCAGCUCUCAGCCUGCCGAUGAAGAGAGCACGGGAGGAGUUGGGCACUCUUGCGACUGACCAGCCCCUUGCGACUGACCAGGCCCUCCUGUUGAGUGCAUACCGGGAUGCACUUGGGCUGCCUCGUCGCGUGGCGCAGCGGCCUCAGUCCUUACAAGAGCUGCUUCACCUGCACGGCGAGAGGCGCUGGCAGCAGCGAGCCCUGUGGCCUGCCGUGGGGUCGGAGAGAGCCUGGUUUGCCCGUCUGCUGCCGGAGGAGCGUCACCAGCAGCAAAGGGAGAGGAGCGUGGUGCAGCGGGUGGAAUGGCUGCGCGUUGGGUCGGAGGGUGCCCUUCCAGACGACGUGCUGCUGGGAUUCAGCAGCGAGGAACCGCCCUUCAUGCAACGUGCUGCUCUCUCUGCUCCUCCGCCCACCCAGCCACACGAAGCGCUUCCUGCGCCAAUGCUCCAACUCUCCGCUCUGCCUGGCUCCGCUCCCCGCUUUGGUGAUGUCACCCCUUGCUGUGGAGAGCUGGCUCCGUGCAUUGGAGGUGCAGCCUCUGCUGACGCCCAUGCUGCUGUGCAGCAGCUGAACCAGUCUGUUGACUCAUGCAGCCACGUGCACGCACACGACAGCGACCCUGACUUGCACACGCAUGACAACGGCUACCCGCAAGACAGCAAGAGCGACGUGCAUGCGCGUGACAGCAGCAACCGCGGCAUUCCAGUGCACGACAACAGCCAUGUGCACGACAACAGCCAUGUGCACGACAACAGCCAUGUGCACGACAACAGCCAUGUGCACGACAACAGCCAUGUGCACGACAACAGCCAUGUGCACGACAACAGCCAUGUGCACGACAACAGCCAUGUGCACGACAACAGCCAUGUGCACGACAACAGCCAUGUGCACGACAACAGCCAUGUGCACGACAACAGCCAUGUGCACGACAACAGCCAUGUGCACGACAACAGCCAUGUGCACGACAACAGCCAUGUGCACGACAACAGCCAUGUGCACGACAACAGCCAUGUGCACGACAACAGCCAUGUGCACGACAACAGCCAUGUGCACGACAACAGCCAGCACGACAGCAGCCAGCACGACAGCAGCCAGCACGACAGCAGCCAGCACGACAGCAGCCAGCACGACAGCAGCCAGCACGACAGCAGCCAGCACGACAGCAGCCAGCACGACAGCAGCCAGCACGACAGCAGCCAGCACGACAGCAGCCAGCACGACAGCAGCCAGCACGACAGCAGCCAGCACGACAGCAGCCAGCACGACAGCAGCCAGCACGACAGCAGCCAGCACGACAGCAGCCAGCACGACAGCAGCCAGCACGACAGCAGCCAGCAUGACAGCAGCCAGCACGACAGCAGCCAGCACGACAGCAGCCAGCACGACAGCAGCCAGCCCGACAGCAGCCAGCACGACAGCAGCCAGCACGACAGCAGCCAGCACGACAGCAGCCAGCACGACAGCAGCCAGCACGACAGCAGCCAGCACGACAGCAAGAGCGAGAGCCUCUUUCUCGACGCCCCCGUGUCACACGUGUGCCUCGCUGAACCUGCCCCCACCGUGCCGUUGGCAGCCGCGGCGCUGUGUGAAGCCAAACUUGCCGAUGCUCGGCGCGGCGUCUGUGGGUACUCCAUCACGAGAAGAAAUGGCGGUGGCGUCGACGGUGAUAUUUUCUGGAAGCGCGGAAGACGCGACGUAGUGACGCGCACCACGCUCGCGUCGGGUUCAGCCGACUCCAAUCCGCCAGAUCUCGAGACGGCGAGGGACACCCCGCUGGGCGGCGCGGGUGGCGACGGAACACAAGAUCUGCCGUCGCCGUCGCCGCCGCCGCCGCUGCAGUCGGAAUCGAUUCUUUUCAUCGGCAAGACUCCUCCCCGUCUCCUCGCGUGUCUCCCCUCCCCUUCCCGUCUCUCCUCUCGCUCCCUUCGCGCCUACCCCUUCCCCCGCCGAGAUGCCUGCAGGCCGGAGCACGGCAGCACGGCAGCGGGGGUGCGCACGGCGCAGCUACUGCGCGUCCUGGCGGGGGAAACCGGCGGAGGUGGGGGCAGCGCGGGCGAGGGGCGCGCGAAUCGACUGCACUUCAUGAGCCCGGCGCGGAGAAACGUGUAUUCGCAGGAGCUGGAGGCAGCAGGCAUCGCCACGUACCAGUGUGCGCCCAACAGGGCGGCGGAGUUCCACGAGGUGCUAGACGCCGUGCAGCCCACCAUUGCCGUCUUUGACAGGUUCACGAGUGAGGAGGCGUUUUCCUUCCGCGUGAGGCAGCGCUGCCCCGCCUGCCUGCUCGUGCUCGACACGCAGGACCUGCACUUCCUCCGGGCGGGGCGGCAGCAGGUGGUAUCUGAGGGGGGCUCUAUCAGGGACGCGCUACACCACCACGUACCCGAUACAAGCAGCAGGGAGCUGCUGCGCGAGCUGGCGUCCAUGCACCGCUGCGACCUCACUCUGCUGUGUUCAGAGGCGGAGCGCGCUCUCCUCACGCGCUGCUACGCCUUCCCCCCGCACAAGCUCGCCCUCGCCUCUUUCUUCUAUGAUGCUCCCCAGGCAGUGACAGGUGGGGCAAUGACAGGUGGGGCCGUGGGAGGUGGGGCAAUGACAGGUGGGGCCGUGGGAGGUGGGGCAAUGACAGGUGGGGCCGUGGGAGGUGGGGCAAUGGGAGGUGCACCUGCAAUGGCUGCGCCUGCAAUGGCUGCAGGGCGCACGCACGGCACUGUUCUGUUGUUGCUCGUGAGAAUGCUCAGAAUUCCACCUCCCCCGGUGCCGCCCCCCGCGCUGCCUGCCUUUGAGCAGCGGCAGCACUGUGUGGUGCUGGGCACGUUCCGCCACGCGCCCAACGUGGAUGCUGUCUCCUGGCUCGCCUCCCACAUCUGGCCUCUCAUCCGCGCCCAGCUACCAAUGGCAGAGUGCCACGUGUACGGCUCCUACGUCACAGCAGCCAUCUCGUCCCUGCACAACCCCUCCUCUGGCUUCAUCAUUCGCGGCCAUGCCCCCUCGCUGGACAUGCUCGCCUCCUACCGUGUGCUGCUAGCGCCACUGCGCUACGGGGCGGGCAUAAAGGGCAAGAUCCUCGACAGCUGGCGCCACGCCACUCCCGUCGUCACCACGCCCAUCGGUGCUGAGGGCAUGGGCGGUGGGGGGGAAGGGUUGGGGGAGGAAGAGCCAGGGGAGGGGGACAAGUGGGUGGCAGAGGGGGCGGGAGAGGGGGGCAGGGGGCAGCAGUGGGGGGGGCUGUGUGGGGCAGGGGAUGCAGAGGCGUUUGCAGCGGAUGCAGUGCGGCUCUACAGUGACCCUCUGCUCUGGGCCUCGUGUCAAUCCACGGGCUGCACCAUCCUGCAGCAGCAGUUUGGCAUGCUCACCAACGCACCCGCGCUGCUUGCCACUCUGUCUGCUGCCAAGACAAACAUGCGUGAUAACAGAAUGCGUGACUACACUGGGGCCAUCUUGUGGCAUGACAGCAACAGGGCGACCGAAUAUUUUUCGCGGUGGAUUGAGCUGAAAGAAAAGGGUGCAAGAUCACCAGUCUGA